AUGGUGCAAUUCCGCUCGCUCCUCCCGUGGGCCACACUUGCCCUGCCCCUCCUCACGGCGGCCUCAGACGUGGUCAACCUGAUCCCCUCAAACUUCGACACGGUCGUCUUUGAGUCGGGCAAGCCUGCCCUCGUCGAGUUCUUCGCCCCGUGGUGCGGCCACUGCAAGAACCUCGCUCCCGUAUAUGAGGAGCUGGCCACCGCCUUCGCCACCUCCGGGAACAAGGUGACCAUUGCAAAUGUCGAUGCGGACAAGCACAAAGACCUCGGCAAGAGAUUUGGUGUUCAGGGAUUUCCAACCUUGAAGUGGUUCGAUGGGAAGCCCGGCUCGGAGCCAGAGGACUACAAUGGCGGCAGGGAUCUGGAGAGUUUGACGGCGUUCGUGACGGAGAAGUCUGGCGUCAAGGCCAAGGGGCCGAAGAAGGCACCGAGCCACGUUGAAAUGUUGACGGAUACAACAUUCCAAUCUGAAGUCGGUGGGGAUAAGGAUGUUUUGGUGGCGUUUACGGCACCUUGGUGUGGACACUGCAAAUCCCUUGCACCGACAUGGGAGAAGCUCGCCACCGACUUCGCCAACGAGCCCAACGUUCUGAUCGCCAAGAUCGACGCGGAAGCCGAGAACGCGAAGGCCACCGCCCAGUCCCAGGGCAUCACGGGCUACCCGACCAUCAAGUUCUUUCCCAAGGGCUCCACCGAGCCAGAAACCUACAGCGGCGCCCGGAGCGAAGAGGCCCUGGUGGACUUUGUCAACUCCAAGGCCGGCACCUACAGAGUUCCCGGCGGUGGGUUGAACUCGCAGGCUGGGACGAUCGAAGUCAUUGACACCCUGCUCGCCAAAUACGUCACGUCCAACGGUUUGAAGGACAUCGAACAAGCGACGGCUGAGAUCAAGAAGGCCGCGAACAACCUGAAGGACACCUCUGCCGACUACUAUCUGCGAGCCCUGUCCAAGUUGACCGGCAACCCGGAGUACGCAAUGAAAGAACAGACCCGACUGGCGGGUCUGUUGAAGAAGGGCGGCUUGGCCCCGGAGAAGAUCGAUGAUUUGCAGAAGAGGAGCAACAUCCUGGCCAAAUUCCUGGUCAAGGAGCCGGAGGACAAGACCGAGUUGUAA